AGCUAACUUCAUUUCAGACAUUUAUUUCGUUACCGUCGCCUGCAGGAAAUUGUAAAUUUUCUCUUAAGAUUUCUCCGUGACAUUUUUUCUCUGAAGCUGUUCAUCUUGAAAGCAGCAACGAUGCAGUUCAUCAGGAUCCUCGUUUUCCUGUUGCCAGGACUUGCGUUUGCGGGUCCACGUGGAGGAGCUUUGGUAGAUUUCUCGGAUCCUAAGGUCCAGGGCCACCUAGACGCCCUAGUCCGCAUGGCGCAGUCCUGUGUGAUCCGAGUGCGUGCCACGCCCAAGGAUGUCCGCGCUUACUUUACUAACUCGGCGCCCGUGACCCGCUCCGGGCAGUGCUUCGCUGCGUGCAUGCUUGAGCAAAGCGAUGUCAUCAACCAUGGGAAGGUAAACCGUGAGCUCCUCGUUCACCUCGCCAGCCUAGUGAACGGCAAGAAGUCUCGCGUAGUGCGCAAGCUGAACAGCGUCUCCCGAAUGUGCCUAGACUCCAUCGAGGGCCUGUCGGACCGCUGCCAGCUCGCCUCGACCUACAAUGACUGCCUAAAUGAGAACAUGAUCGAGUUCGCCUUUCCACUUGACUUGGCUGAAGAAGCAGUUAGGAAGAUGCCCUUCCAUCUUAUGUCGCCAAAUUUACCGGACACACGAGUGUAGCUUAUUUUUACUGAAUUCUGAAUAAUUUUAUAAUUUUAUACCCGUAAUAAAUCACUUGAUCCGUUA